AAAAAAAAAAAAAUUGGAACCCGGAGGAACCGAAAAGUCCUGCAGAGUCGUCCGUGAAAGGAAAAGAGACGGGAGCAAGCGCGACCACCGCCGACAAGGGAAAGGGAAAGGGUGGACGCGCGCACGCAUGGCAGAGCGGGGGGAGGGUACGGAGGCGAAUCAAAGAUGGGUGGCGCAGUCCUCGAGGGAUCCUUGGGCGACUAGCGCGCGUCGCCUCGCAUCGAUCGCAGCUCUCGAAAGUCCGGCGUCGCCAUGCCGUGAGAGGAGGAGGCGACCCACGGAAGCGACGAUGCUGCAGCUGGUGGUGCUCGCCUUGGUGGCGAGCACGUACGCUUGCUCCGAGAGCUGCCGGUGCUCGCCGCUGAGGCGCAAGAGCGGGCAGUCCCGCCGCGCACUGGUCGAGGUCUCCUGCUUCGGGAAGGCGCCGGCCUGGUGCAGCCUGCCGGCCGACCUGGGAGGACUGAGGAUCCACGACGCCCGCGAGUUCGGGGCCACGGAGGAGUGCAGGGGCCGGUUCCGGUGGGUGGAGGAGCUGGCGGUGACCAACUGCUCGGGGAGCGCCUUCCCCGGGGCGCGGAUCGAUUUCGAGGGGCUGCGAGCGGUGGACCCGUCCCGCGGACACUUCUCGACGCCCCCGACGCCCUCGACGCUGCGGCGGCUGAGCCUGAGGGCCAACGCCAUCUCCUCGGUGGACGGAUCGGCGUUCGUCGGACUGGCGCGCCUGGAGGAGCUGGAUCUGUCGGAGAACGAGCUGUCCUCGCUGCCCUCGGAGGCGCUCGCGCCGCUGGCCGCGCUGGAGCGACUGGACCUCGGCGGGAACCGGCUGCGAGUCCUGGGGACGCGGUGGUUCUCGGGACUGCGGCGGCUGCGGGAGUUGGACGUGUCGCGAAACGGGCUGACCCGGACGGCUCCGGGGGAGCCGCCGCCGCUGCCGGGGCUGUCGGUGCUGCGGCUGGCCGGGAACCCGCUGCGGGAGCGGGACGUGUCGCUGCUGCUGGGGACGGGCCAACUGCUGGAGACGGUGGACGCGUCGCGGACGGGGCUGGCUCGCGUGCCGGCCGCGCUAACGCGGUCCGUCCGCGCGCUGCGCCUCGCCGGGAACGCCUUGACGGCGAUCCGCGGCGGCGACCUCGACAGCUACCCGCUGCUGAGAAGCCUCGACGUGUCCGGUAACCGGCUGACCGACGUCGAGGAGGACGCGCUCGGGCGCCUCGAGGUCCUGGAGGAGCUGGACGCCUCGGGGAACGCUCUGCGGGAGGUCCCCCGGAGCUUGCCCGCGAGCCUGCGAGCCCUCGGCCUGGCCGGGAACGCGAUCGCGAGGCUGAGGCGCGGGGACCUGCAGGGCCUCUCCAACCUGCGGACUCUGAUCCUGAGCGACAACGCAAUGGACGCGAUCGAGGAGGGCGCCUUCGCCCGGGCGGCCGUCCUCGCGGAGCUGGACGUCUCGAACAACUCCCUCAAGGUGGUGACCCCCGACACCCUGGCCGGCCUCUCGGGUCUCGCCGUCCUCCGCAUGGCCGGCCUGACGAGCCUGGAGUGGACGCAGCGGGGCGACAUGGCCUUCCCGAUGCCGACGCCCGAGAGGCUCGUCCUCCUCGACGUCUCGCGCAGCCCCGUCCUCGCGGCGCAGCUGCUCGCCGACGACGCCGCGCUCUCGGCCUGCAAGAGCCUCGCGGAGCUGCACCUCGGCGGAGCGAACCUCACGAGGCUGAGGUCCGACCUGGCGGACGUCCUCCCGCAGCUGCGGACGCUCGAGCUCCACGGCAAUGCCUGGGACUGCGGGGCCGACCUCUCCUGGCUCGGGGAGUGGAUUCGCCGACACGAGGAGAUACGGCCUCCGGCCGAGUGCGCCCGGGGGCGGACAUUCCUCUUUCAGCUACGGACGGCGCCUCCACUUCCGGGAGCGGACCAAGGCCGGAACGUCUCCGUCGCGAUUCCGGAAACGUUGCCGUGGGCUGUCGGCGCCCCCCCUGAUAUGCCAUACGACGGCCUUGCCCUCGCCGUCGCCACCGUCGCCGCCGCCGUCGCCGCCGUCGCCGUCCUCGGCGCGGCGGCUACCGCGGUCGCCGUCGCGACGCGGCGGAGGAGCAAGCGUCGAGACGUCGAGGCGCGCGACCUCGUCCCCGUCGAAGGCCGGUGGUGACCCCGCCUCGAACUUUUGCGCUACCCGGUAAAUUGUCCCGAAUGGAUUCCUCCUUUUGCUCGAUAGCUGGGGAACGAUCGACGCGAUCUCUCGUCCGUUUACCGAUGAGGGCGAGGACUUAAGGGAAGACGGGCUCGAAUCGUUCGUCUUCCGACACCAGUACCUGUUAAUUCGUUAAUGAACGCGGACCGCGAUAAGUCGCCCGGAGGCGAAAAUCUUUCUACACCCAGGGCCUAGAAAUAGACCUCGGGCGAAUCCAUCGAUGCAUCGUCGACGUUUGAUCAAACGGUCCGGACGGUUCUAGGACCUGGAACGAAUCCGACAAUAAUGACGUUGAGUGCGAUGAUUUCGGUUUCUCGUGGCACUUGACGGCCGCGAUCGAGCAUCGGAUCGAUAACCGAACGAUCGUUAGGCAAGUAUGAGGAAACUGAAAUAGAAGCCAUUUCCGACGUGGUCGCCAGGGGUAAUUUGUACGGCAACCUAUCCAUCGUGAUCGUCGGAUUACGGUACACGGUGAAAGGUCGUCUCUUUCCAUGGUAUCGACA